AUGGUCAAGUCGAAAGGUUCACGAUCUCUUCUAACUUCUCAAUUAGGAUUGAAAGAAUCAAAGGAAGCACAGGAAAAUGAAAUUGAAGCUUUAAAAGCGAUUUUUAUGGAUGAUUAUGAGCCAAUUGUGGUGGCUACUGCUUGGAAGGUUGCUCCGGCUGGUCAUCAAUUCAGACUUCAUUUAUGGCCUCAAGAAGAAAAAUUAAAACAACAUGUUAAAGUUGAUUUACAUGUAAAAUUUCCUAAAACUUAUCCUCGCUCUGCUCCAGAUAUGAAAAUUGAAAAUGUUCAUGGACUUUCAAAUUUACAAUUACAACAGCUUCAAUCACAUGUUUCACGUUUAAUAAAAGAAAACCUUGGCCAAGAAAUGGUGUUUACAAUUGCUGAAUUCAUUAAAGAUUACAUUACCGCAAAUAAUAGUGGAAUUAAAAAUAUUGGACAUCAUAAAAAUCAACCUUCUUUUCAUGAACAGAUGCUGAAUCGUAUUGAGCAAACAACAAAGGCUGAACUAGAAAAAUCAAUGGAAGAAGUUAAUCGUGUACGUCAAAUUCAAGAACGCGAACAACAAAUGCAGGACUUAUCCUUGCUUCAAAAAAUUGAUGAAGUCACACAACUUCAAAAGGCGAAAAUUGAGGAGGAACGACAAAAAAGAAAAUUAAUGAAGAUAAAUGAAGAUGAAAAUUUGAAUCCAACUAAUAAUUCUUUUGCGGGCUUUCGAACUAUUAACUUUGAGAAUUUUGUUAGAUUGGAUGAUUCACAGUCAAUGCCUUUUAAGUCUGUAGUGCUUGGGCCUUCUAUAGGAAAAGGGUCAAUAAGCUCUAUUUCAUUGGUCCAGGCUUCGAAUUUUCAAAUAAAAAAUCUAGAAUUAUCAAGUAGUUAUGUAUUGGUGCUUAAAGAGAUUGAAAUAACGGAGCCGCAUUAUUUGGACCUUGAUGGAAAGAAAAAAUUGGAAGAAAUUGAAAAAGAUCUUGAAAGAAUAAAAAAAUUAAGACAUCCAAAUAUAAUAUCUAUAUACGAAUCUGAACUCGAAAGAGUUGCUUCAGGUUGGAAGUUACACAUUCUUAUGGAGUAUGCUCGUGGUGGUUCACUUGUCGAUCUAUUGAAAAAAUGCGGAGUAGUACGUUUGUCAAUUGCAAAAGAAUACAUUAAACAAUUAUUAAAUGCUUUAGAUUUUAUACAUGCAAAUAGUUUUGUUCAUAAAGAUAUUAAAGCUUCAAAUAUUUUACUUGCUGAAAUCAGUGGAACUGAUGAUUUUAUUGCUAAAUUAACAGAUGUCAAUUAUCAUAGGAAAUUAUUAGGUGACAUGCAUAAGGUUUAUCCAUUAUCUAAAUCCUUAAAUACUGAAUAUAAGAAAAAUUGGAUAUCGCCUGAACAUGAAACCAAGUCCGAUGUUUAUUCUAGGAAAAAUGAUAUUUGGUAUCUUGGAGUUGUAUUUUUACAAAUGUUAUUUGGAUUGAAUGUUGUUGAUGAUUCUGAAUCUUUGGAUGAUGUAUUCGAGACUUCUGGUCGUGAUUUACCAUCAACAGUACGAGAUAUUCUGCAAAAAAUGCUCGAAGAAGAUCAGAGAAAAAGACCAACACCAUUAGAGCUACUUAACGAUCCUUUUUUCAAUGAAGGAUCAGAUACUUUUUACGAUCAACCACUUAAAUUUUUAAUGUCUUCUGGUCACUCAAAUCCCGCAAAAUCCCUUAUACAAAAUAUCAGUAAUAAAGAAACAAAUGAUAUUGUUGGAAGUUUUGGUGGUUUUGGAGAAGUUGUUAAAGCCCAAAAUAAGUUGGACGGAAGGUCUUUUAUUUUAUUUGAACUGCCAUUAAUUUUUCGUCUUAACCCUAAUGAUAUAGAAAAAACACGAAAAAUUUUAAGAGAAGUGACAACAUUAUCUCGUUUACAUCACGAAUAUGUUGUUAGGUACUUUACAACUUGGUUUGAGGAUUCGGACGGAUCAAUGAAAGAAACCGAAACUUUUAGUGAAGAAGUUUCGGCAGGAGACGAUGAAACAUCAGAUUCGGAUGAUAAUUUAGUGUUUGCAGCAGAUGAUGAUGAAUAUGACUUUUUAUCUACUGACGCGUCAAAUAGUCGAGGAGGAGGAUACAAUAAAGCUCGUAUGAAAGAGUCUUCCUCUUCGGAGACAGAUUCAGAAUUUGAAAUUCAAGAUGGUGAUGUUAGAAAUGUUAGAUUUGCAGUAAAGUCUAGGACAGCGCCAAAAAAAACACCUACAACAAAUAAUGCAAUGUAUGAUCCAGGAUCGUUUAGGAAUCCUGGUGUAGAUAGAAUUGGCAGUGGUGAAGAUUCUAUGACUAGAGAUAUUGGAACAACCUUAUAUGUAGCACCCGAGGUUGCUAAUAAUGCAGUCAUAGGAUCACGUUACAAUCAAAAGGUUGAUAUAUAUUCAUUAGGAAUUAUCUUGUUUGAAAUUUGUUACAAAUUUUCUACAGAAAUGGAACGUCGUGUUACUAUUAUAAAUAUACGUAAACCACAAAUAAUAUUUCCCAAAGAUUUUUUAAAAGAUAAAAUGGUUAACCAAUAUCACAUUAUUCAAUGGUGUUUACAACAUAACCCUAAAGACCGUCCUACAAGCAUGGAACUUUUGAAGAGUGAAUGGAUGCCAGCAAAAAUUGAGGAUGAGAAUAUGCAAGAAUAUGUUCCAAACCCAAAUACGCCAUAUUAUCGCAAAUUGAUUUCGUCAUUAUUUUCACAGUCUUCAGAUAAAUAUAAGGAUUAUACCUAUGACAAUGAUUCGGGAAACCCUCCAUUUGAUCGAUUAAAUGUUUUGACUUUUGGUAGAGUGCAUGAUCAUUUGAUGAAAAUUUUUAGACAUCAUGGUGCAGUUGAGCUUAGUACACCGUUAUUAAUACCAAAAUCAGAUCUAUAUGAGGAGGAAAAGAAAGUCGUAUAUCUUUUGAAUGCUGACGGUGCACUAGUUCAGUUACCAUAUGACUUAACAGUUCCUUUUGCAAGAUAUGUUUCGAGGAAUAAUAUAACAGAUCUGAAACGUUAUACAUUUGAUAGAGCAUAUAGGGAGAAUACAGUUGGUGGACAACCACGAUUAGUAAAUGAAGUUGAUUUCGAUAUAGUUCAUUCAACACUUGCGCCAAUGGUUGCUGAAGCUGAGAUUAUCAAGAUAAUAGAUGAAAUUAUUGAAGAGUUUCCCCCGUUAAAAUCAGAAAGUUAUUGCUUCUAUAUUAAUCAUUUCAACAUACUGGAUACUAUAUUUGAUUGUUGUCGAAUACCAGAAGACAUACGACGUGGUGUAUGUGGAUUGUUGGGACAACUUGAUAGAAAACAUUCGAUGAAUCAUAUUAGGAAGCAAUUGAUGAGUCUAUAUUCAUUGUCAAGGAGUGUCGCUGAUGAAUUAGCUUUAUUUGAUAUUAAAGGUGAUUUGGGUUGUGUAUCAGAACAACUUGAAAAAUUAAUACCGGCAACUACAAUGCAUAAUCGAAUAUAUGAUGUAUUUAAUGAGUUUAGACUUUUAUUAUCUUAUGUGAAAUCGCUUGGUGUUAAUCUGAUAUUUCAGGCAGUUAAAGAUACUGACCGUAAAGAUGUUUUGGCAGCAGGAGGAAGGUAUGAUUAUUUAAUACAACAAUUUAAACGUCCAGUAAUUACGAAUAAUCCAAGUCGAAGUAGACAAAACACAUAUGCAGUUGGAGUUAAUAUAGCAUUGCAAAAGAUAGUUAUUGCAUUAGAAACAUAUCAAUCAACACUUUGUAAAACGAUUCAAUCGAAAAAAGCCGAAGAAGAUAAAAGUCUUGGAUAUUGGGCACUUAAAAAGUGUGAUGUUUACGUAGCAAGUUUCGGUAAAAUCUUGAUACAUGAACGAUUGGAACUUGUUCGUGAAUUAUGGGCACAUAAUAUCAAAACAGAUUUUAUGUACGAAGAGCCAGAAGAUCUUACACCAGAAAUUCUAGCAAGUUCAUGUAAGAAUCAAGGAAUUAAUUGGAUAGUUAUUUUGAAGCAAAAGAAUCAAGAUAAUUAUAAAGCAACAUCAUUUAGAGAUGCCAUAACAACUGUUAAAGUUAAAAAUCUGUUGUGGAAAACAGAGGAUGAAGUUCCACGUAAUGAGGUUUGUAUGAAACUAAGUUCAGAAAUUCAAGAACAAAUGAGAAUCGAUCAUCAAACCUCCGGUAGUAAAUAUCAUAAACACAACUCAAUUUCAAUCAACGAAUCAACCUUACAUGAAUUUAGCAAUACCAAUUUAUCAAUAUCGCCGGAAACAUCGAAUCAACAAUCUAAUUUUAAUAUUAAUAUAGUAGGAGUUUCGACACCAAGUAAACCUAGUAAAAAAAUGAAAUUAAAACAAAAACAAUUAUUAAUAGAUAAAGCGCAUGAUAACGUGUCAAAUUUUUUAUCAAACAUUAAUAAUGGAAAUAUUCCAGUAAUAUCGAUUGAUGUUAGCCGAGACUUGUUAAGGAAAUUCAUAGAUUGUAAUGUACUAGAAGACGAAUCAUUCAAGAGCAAAAUAUUGGAUAUUGUCCCGGCUCAUCAAAAAGAAUAUAUUAUUACUGUUCAAGAUGCACUUAAAAAACAAAGGUACCAGGAAAAUAGUAAUCAAGUUUGGUUAUAUUCACAUAGAGAUGAUUUUGGAUUACUAUAUCAGUAUUUUUCAUGA